AUGGACACUGAGGAAGAUGUCGUUUUGGCUCCCAGUGCCUUCUGGCAGCUGUCAUUGGAGAAAAAGCUAGAGAAAGCGCUUCGACGGAAAACUGCCCGCCAUCGCCGGGUGAUAUCUGAUGAUACUGUCAUCGUCGCAUCAACAAGCGAUCGCACUAAAUGCAAACUGACGAAGCGAUUUGACGACACUGAUAUUACGUGGUCGGCUAUAGAGAAACAGCUUCUGACAUGGUCCGAUCUCUUUUCUAAAGGCGGGGUUCUAGAGGGUCAUAAGGACGUGCCAGAAGCGGUACGCGAUGAAUUGUACAGGGAAGAGCAAGAGAGACAAGAGAGACAGGGGAAAGAUAAGCGUAAAGGAGGUCAAGUUAUUGGGACCGAAGUACCUUACCCUUCCUGCAAUAUCAUCAAUGUCUUGCCCUCUCAACCUAUUGCCCAAGGGUUAGAUGUCUCGGAUCCCAAGGCCGCCGUUGAACAGAUGGCCUUGAGUCCAUUGGAAAUUCCCGGCCCUAGAGACGUAGCCGUGAAGGAAUAUGGUGAGUGGCAGAUGUCGAAUGUUGAAAAUGACACCCUCAAAUCGGCAUUUCGGCAUGUAUGUGAUGUGAUGCUCGACAAUGGUCUUGACCUCGAGCAGGUAUACAAGGACCAAGACCCAAAAUUUUUCAUCGAGAAAGGGAUAAAAAUAGGCAUUGCUCGACGUUUCGUCGAAGACAUUGGAAAGUGGGCUGAACAAGUCAAGAAAGCGAUUCCUCUAUAUGAAAUCCUUUAG